CACAACCUGUGAAUUUUUGGGAAGUGAAUAGUAAUUCCGAGAUGGUGGUGAAUAUUUAUAGCUCAGGAGGUUGACUUUGUCUUUGUCUAUUUUCUAUAUGACGAAGGAGUUAGUCUAUGUCUAGUGCAUGUUCCGUGAACAUAUUAUUGUACAGAAAGAUGUAAAAGUGGCUUCUCUGUUGAAGUUCAUUUCCUGGUGAGUUCUGUUGUCGCGAGCUGAGAAUAGAGAAUUAAUUAACUUGAUAGGUAAGUAGGAACUCGAACCCCAAACGCAUGUCACAACUGGAAUAUUUGGACAAAUGCACGAGAGCGGAAUUAGAUUGUUUGUGCUCAAUAAAUUGUGUCGAUUCAUUGUCCCAUAAAGCAAUGGAGAUGUGGCUUAUCGACAUACGUACUAAGCUUUGAGCCACUUAGUUUCAGAUUCGAGUCCCUCUGCAUCCAAUUCAUCGUGGGAAACUGGGUAGGCAGCAUCACCUGUCGUACUUCAGACAAAAGGUGUUUGUGCUGAUGGCUUGAAAGAUGGAAGUUGUGUUCUACAGAAUGACUCAGUGCAGCAGUGAUAUUUUGGAAAAUAACUAUGGUAACAUUCUUCUCUGAUCACAACUGUUGAUGUCAGUCGUGCAUAUAAUGAGUUACUGUUGUGAUGGUAUUUUUUGCUGCGCAUAUGAGCACUAGAAUAUGCAAGGAUCAAGUGGUGUAUGUAGCUAUUUAGGCGAGUGGGGACCAUUGCAUGUAGGUGCUGACGCUAGUCGACUGCCUUGUGGGUGAGACUUCAAGUGAAAAGCUCGGCGAAAGGCCUGUCUUGGUCUUGAUAUCCUCGAAGUAUUCCAGUCGUCUCAGAAGUUAUGAGAGACUAUGUAUGGUACACUUCUUUGUGUCCGUGAUGUAGCAUAUUUGUGAUGUAAUGCUAAGUGUCGUCUGUAAAUUAUGGCUGUUGUGGAGAUAGCGAGAUGCAUGUCUCUAGUGAUUGGCAAACCUGUUGAUCCAGUGAGGCUGUUUGAUAAUGGUGAUUACAUGGAUGAUAUACUCUCACAACUUCUUUGUGUCUUCUACGAUAUGAAGCUAGAGAAUCCUUUGAAGCACGAAUUUAUCACAUUGGUGAUGGUAACAGCCAGCAGUUUAGGAUUCGAGGGACAUUUUACUUUGGAUGAUUUCGGUGAGCAGAGAGAACGGAAUAAAUGGGUACCCUUUCUCUCGGUUUUCGUUUCGUGGUUCGACUGUGAUUUUACAGAAGUUCUCGAGGUGGUUGAGUCAGCCAGAGAAAGGAGAGAUAUGUAUAAGGAAUUGUUGGAAUCGAAUAGAACUCGCGAGUGUGAAUUACAGCGUCUGCAAGAAGCAGAGUGUGAGAGGCGUGAGAGAAUCAAAGGUCUUGAGGCAGAACUGUGCCGCUUGAAGUCAUGCUAUGCUGAGAAGAGUGCUAUGGUUGCAUCUAGAGAAGAUCUUUACCGAUCGUUGGUUUCUUCGUGUGAAAAGAAAAAGCUUCAGAUAGAAUCAUAUAAAAAUAAAAUUCAACGCAUCAAUGAAGAUUGUGAAACUGUACAAUGUUCAUUGAUAGACAAUUGUGAGCUAUUACCAAAAUUAAUAUCAGAUGUAGAAAGUCAAUUGUAUGCAGUUGAAUCAGAUAUUCAUCGAUUAUUUGAAGCAUUCAAUCGUGCUGUGGAUAGCUUAUCAAUGCUUGAGAAAUGUGAACAUUUAAUAACUACAGAGUUGAAACCAACAUUUGAUCAAGUGUAUGUCUUAAUGGAGAAAUUAGUGGAAGUUACAAAUAAGGAGAAAGAAUAUCAAGGAGUAUUGGAUUUACUAAUCAAAGAUAAUAAGAAAAUGCAGGCAACAGUGGAAGAAGUACAGGCACAGUUAGUUGAACAUCAUUCACAGGUAGUGAGAAGGAAGUUGUUACUGAAUAACAGGAAGAAGGCACGUGAAACUGAUGAUGCAGAUAGGUCAAAAAAGAUUGACCAGUUUGUAGCUGAAGAAGAAACAUUGCAGAAACGAUUGUCUGGUAUCACUCGAGUCAAUUCAUGCACGAUGAGACAGAUAAACAAAGAAGAGGAAGCACUUGAAGAGGUUUCAAAAUGUCGAAUUUCCUUUGAAGAACUGAACGAAGUACUACUUGAUAUAUACCACAUUAUAAAGAGAAUUUCUUCGUCAAGAUGAAAAUGGUUGUCAUCUCUGAUUGAAGUUCUAUGCACUUUUGACGUCGUCCUUCUAAUUCUCUUCAACAUGUGUACAGUGAAAUGUUAUUGACUAACUGUAAAUACUUCCUUGAUGAUUGUGUGUCUAACAUAAAUGUUGUUUAAUAUAAAUAAUAAUG